AUGGAAGGCGAAGCAUAUGAACUUCAGAAAGAAUACCAUCAACGAGCUACUGGAUAUAUAAAACAAGCACUUGAAUGCGAUGAAAGUUCAAAUAAUACCGAAACCGCUAUUCUGCUAUACAAAAAAGGUAUUCGUGAACUUGAGAAAGCAGUUAAUAUAUAUAUUGAUCCAAGUAAUAGUCGUGCUGCCGAAUUAAAUGCAAAAAUGCGUAAAAAUUUAACUAUGGCUCGCGAUCGAGUGAAUGUGUUGCAAGAUUUAAUUCGCAAAGAAAACGCAAUUCCAACUCGAGCUCAGCGACCGACAUCUCCACGUCGUGUUCUCUCUCCACCCCCUUCUGCUUUAUCUAAAUUUCAAUCUCCCGCUACUGCUACGCCAAUGAAUCAUGCUGUGAUUAAACCCAAACAGGUUGCUAAUGCGGCAAAAAAAGAACUUCCAACUAGAUCAGAUCAUGACAGUGCCUCUUCUCAAAGUAAACGACCUGCCCUGAAGUUGCCGAACGUUGAGCCACAGCUCAUUUCAUAUAUCCUCGAUGAGGUUAUUGAAAGUCGACCUAACGUUAAAUUCGAUGACGUUGGCGGUCAAGAGAGCGCCAAACGUGCAUUAGAAGAAGCUGUUAUUCUUCCUGUUCUUCGACCUGAAAUGUUCACUGGCCUGCGAGCACCAGUGCGAGGUAUUCUACUAUUUGGACCGCCUGGUAACGGUAAAACAAUGCUGGCAAAAGCUGUUGCCUCUGAAGCGAAAGCUCGAUUUUUUAAUAUCAGCGCAUCUAGUUUAACAUCGAAAUACGUUGGUGAAGGAGAAAAACUUGUACGAGCUUUAUUUGCCGCUGCUCGUGAAUUACAACCAUCAAUUAUCUUUAUUGACGAAGUUGACUCAUUACUUACUGAACGUAAAGAAUCCGAACAUGAUGCAAUGCGUCGACUGAAGACCGAAUUUCUCAUUCAAUUCGAUGGCGUUCAAACAAAUAGUGAUGAUCGUAUUCUUGUUCUUGCUGCAACCAAUCGUCCUUUUGAAUUGGACGAUGCUGCAUUACGACGUUUCCCUCGUCGUAUUUAUAUUCAACUUCCAGAUUCAAGAACCCGCCGGCACCUUUUGAAACAUUUACUCAACAAACAAGAACAUAAUUUAACAUCAGCCGAUUUCGAUUGGAUAGCUCAAGAAACACAUGGUUAUUCUGGAAGUGAUUUAACCUCAUUGGCGAAAGAUGCUGCAAUGGGUCCAGUACGCGAACUACGUGUUGAUGAAUUGAAGAAACUAUCAGUUAGUCGUAUUCGACCCGUUUCGCGACCAGAUUUCGUACAAGCCUUACGGAAAAUUCGAGCAAGUUUCUUGAAACAGAUCGAGACAGAUUUCAUAUUUCUUAGUGCUUUGUAUUCAUAUAUUUAA